AUGGCAAACUCUACUAUUGAUAUGAUGCUUGGUGGGUUGGAGAGUGACAAAGAAUCCUCACCUCUCGAGACCUCUGUAAUCAUACCGAAUAGUGUCCUCAAUGCUCUACUGAUACCAAUAUGCAUCGCUGGCAAUGUUUUGGUAUUAGCCGGCAUAUGGAGAAAUCCUUCCCUACCCACUCCGUCAUUUUGCUCUGCAGUCUUGCUGUUUCUGAUCCUUUUGUUGGGUUUCUUGCUCUUCCACUUGACAUUGCCAUCGCCCUUACACCGCUUUCUCGGGUCAGUUCUUAGUUGCGUCUGUCACAAGCAAGAAUCUUCCUCAUUAUUCAACUCUGCUGUGUUUCCCUUGAAACAAUGACAGCAAUUAGCAUCGACUGAUAUUUGGCCCUCCGUUAUCACAUGCGAUAUCCGAACUUGAUGACCUCUACAUGUGCAACCUGUGUAGCAGCAACAUUUCGGUGCAAAAACAUCAUUUUAUCACUGCUUAGCAUUUGGAAGAAAAAUACUAUUCAUAGUGUUGCAAUAUUGUCUUUGUUGCCUUAUGACUUUCCAUUUCUUUAAUCACUUACAAUGCAGUUUAUCAAAUUGUUCAACACCAUCAACAUCAGAUUCAUGCCCAACAGCAAGCUGUAAAGAGUAUGAAGGCUGAACAAAAUCUCAAGAUACAAGCAAAGAAACGCACUGCAAACACAUUUAUAUAUUACAUUUGUACGGUUCUUUGUUAUUUUCCAGCGGCUGUCGGCGCCCUGAUUUGGGUGACUUGUAAAGAACAUUGGAACAUCAGAUGGUAUUUUGCUGACACUAUUCUGUUCAUAAACUCCGUUAUAAAUCCGUUCUUGUAUUUUUGGCGUAAUCGGGAAGUCUGGGAAGCAGUUUUGAAAGUAGUACGCAAAAGGUUAUGUAAAAUAGAUGAGGAAAACUUAGAUAACGGUGAUCAAUGAAAUAGUAUUUGUGGUUCAUUUGCAUUUUUAUUUUAAGAUCAAGGAUUCACUUGACGGACACUCAGGGGCAGAUACUGCCGCAAAAAAUCCGAGAUCGAGGCAGUUGAAGAAACUAUGUAAAAUGUUAUGUAAAACAGAUGGAGAAAACUUAAGUGUUAUCACUAAAAUUGGUUGAUACAUCGAUAUUUUCAGCGAAGUUCAUUUGCGUUUUUGCCUUCAGGAAAGACCAAGGAUAGCUACAGAUCAUACGAGCAGAGGCUAAAUUUUCGCGGUGUAAUCUGGUCUGCUACUUCCAUUGGAUUGCUCCUCAAUAGCUUACUCAGGGGCAGAUAAUGCUGCAAAGAAAGUAGCUAGAAAGUGGAAGAAACAAAGAAAAAACUAGUGGCCAAUAGGCAGGACUUCCUUAAGCCGAAAACAAACAAAACUCCUAAAGAGUCAAACAGUAAAACUUAAACGUUAUUUGACCGAGGAAUAAUUAAUUUUUAAAUUAAAAAUUGCAAGUUUUUUGUCAUACGUAACUUUAAGAGGACGUGCCUUUCUCCUCUCCUUCUUAGUAUAUACAAUGUGAUUUAACUUACAUGUAGGAGCUUUAAUUUUGUAUCGUACGUUUUCUUUCCUUUGUUAAAUUAUUUCUUACUUACUUUUCACCCUAUAUCUAAUUGAAAUUCGGUAUUAUCACGAUCUGCUAUGGUUUGGCGAAACAAAUAAUAUGACUGUGAAAUGAAGUGAAAAAAAUUAAUAAAUAUGUAUAUAACAGCUUCGAAUAAUGACGCCAAAGCUGCAAUUGUAAUUUCAGCAGCUACAGCUGUGAGUUAAGUUAGGUAAAACGUAGCAAUUAACUAAACAAAUUCUCAUGGUCUAUGCUAAAAAUGAACUAUCUGAAUUAUAUGUGCCUGUAUGAAAAUUAUUAAGACGUCGAUUUACCUUGUAUUUACGGGAUGAUUAGUCUACCAGAUAUUCUUUAAAUAGCAGUUGUCAUUCAUCGAGUUGUAUUUUUGCUUUUCUAGGCAUGUUUUUAGGCAUUUGUACGGCAAUUUUUUCUUCGAUGGCAAAUAGUGUGAACUUUCCGCCAUUUUUUACUACCUUAGGCUGAGCUCGUCCCCAGGGCUUCACGGCGAAUAAGGUUUGAAGAGCAAAUUUUGCCUGUACUCAGGAAUAGUUUUUUUGACAUUUUACCUCUGUCACCAACAAUUAGACCGUGCAAAAUAAAAGAAUCGAUAAAGACAAAACAACCUAACAGUAAACACAAGCAAUAAGUUGCAAAAUAGACCUUGCCAUGGUUUUGGAAGCCAUCUUGACGAGUCAGGCAACCGCGUGAGAAAUUGCAGUCUUUGUAUGAGAAUCUAAUGAAGGAUAAUUUCCGUAAAACGGCUGUUCUGAAAAAAAUAUGAAUUGUAAACUAAAGCUACACAGCAAAGGAUUUUACUAACAAAUUUCGCCGAACUUAACUGUGCUUAAAUUUCUCCAGGCGUUUGCGUUAGAUUUUCCAUAUAUCUGUCAGCAAUUUUUCCCGGGAAAUUUUAGUCGGCAGGAAGAAGAAAUUUUUACAGACAAAUGAGCCUCUGAAAGGUUAUAUUCGGUAGCUUUUUACUAAUUAAUUGAAGUUUUUUUUUUCCUUUUCCGCCAAGUAGCUCUAUGAUAUGAGGGAUAAAGAAGCAGCAUUUAAUCCAAGUUCCCAGGCUCUCUCACUCUAUUGCUCUUUUCCUUUCUCUUGAGUACGAGGUUAGGCGCUUAUUUAAACUAAUGCGGAUGGGGAGGUGGGGUGGUGGCUUACAAGCAACGGUGUCUCAAAUCAAGUGGGACCCUUCCUAAAUUUUCCUCCGCCAAUUUUUUCUUCUACAAAUUGGGUUGACGGUUGAGAUGAACCUAACGGCGAAGAAACUUUUGAAGAUCGCUAUAAGAACGACGUCAAGAACGGCCAGACUUGCUGUUUGUAAAGUAGGAUUUCCAAUUUUAUCUUGUCAGCCAAAAAAUACGAAAAGAAAAGGUCAAAUAAACAAGGAUGCAUGACUGAAGCAGCUGUCUUUUAAUGCUUCCCUGCUGUGUUGGGUUAUUUGUGUUUGCCAAACUAAUUUAUUCUACAUAGUAUCAGCGCCUUGCUUCCUUGUUGGUCACUCUGGUCUUCUUUGUCACUAGUGUUUUCGAAAUGCAAGGGAAACUUAUAGGUGAGUGGGAAAAGAAGAAGCUUUUCUUUUCAUUUUAUGUCCUUUCUGUUUACGGAACAAUCUCGAACCUCGAGUCUUCGUCCCUUACUGCGCAUGCUGGCUUGACGAGACUAGCUGUUUCCCAACCGCUGGUCAAGGGGAACGAAGACGCUGGGUACGAGGGUGUUUACGGAAUCGCAGCGACGGCGUUAAAGGAAUUAAUUAUUUAGCUUUAUUUGAUAGGCGUAAUAUAUUUGCAAGUUUGACCAAGUGGGGUGCACAUCUAUUAGUGAAAUGGGGUAAAUUAGAGAAUGCGCGCUCACUUAAUUAGUACCGUUCAUCACUAAUUCCAAAAGCCCUAUUAGACAUAAGUUAAAGAAUUAAAUGCUGGCAAGGUGGUUGUAAUUUUAAUAAGAAGCCAGGUGAAAGAGUAUAAAAAAUAAUAUGCAGUUUCUCUUUGAAGACAAACAGGGUACAAUAUUGAAAAUUUUAAGAUGGCAAACUCUACUGUCGAUAUGACGCUUCAUGGGUUGAAGAGUGACGAAGAAUCCUCAAUAAUAAAUAGUGUCCUCUAUGCUCUACUGAUACCAAUAUGCAUCGCUGGCAAUGUUUUGGUACUAGCCGCCGUAAGGAGAAAUCCUUCCCUACACACCCCGUCUAUCAUUUUGCUGUGCAGUCUUGCUGUUUCUGAUCUUUUCGUUGGGUUUCUUGCUCUUCCACUUGACAUUGCCGUCGUCCUUACACCGCUUUCUCGGGUCAGUUGUUACUUACGUCUGUCACAAGCAAGAACCUUCCUCAAUAUUCAACUCUGCUGUGUUUCCCUUGAAACAAUGACAGCCAUCAGCCUGGAUCGAUAUUUGGCCCUACGAUAUCACAUGCGAUAUCCUAAUAUGAUGACCUCUAGACGUGCAACCUGUUUAGCAGCAACAUUUUGGUGUAAAAACGUCAUUUUAUCACUGCUUAGCAUUUGGAAGAAAAAUACUAUUCUUCUUGUUGCGGUUGUCUUUGUUGCCUUAUGUCUUUUCAUUUCUUCAAUUACUUACAGUGCAAUUUAUCGAAUCGUUCGACACCAUCAACAUCAGAUUCACGCCCAACAGCAAGCCGUACAGAGUAUGAACGCGGAACAAAAUCUCAAGAUACAAGCGAAGAAACGCGCUGCAAACACAUUUAUAUAUUACAUUUGUAUGCUUCUUUGUUAUUUUCCAGCGGCUGUCUCCGCCCUAAUUUGGGUGACUUAUAAAGAACAUUGGAACAUCAGAUGGUAUUUUGCUGACACUAUUCUGUUCAUGAACUCUGCUAUAAAUCCAUUCUUGUAUUUUUGGCGUAAUCGGGAAGUCCGGGAAGCAGUUUUGAAGAUAGUACGAAAAAGGUUAUGUAAAACAGAUUUUGAAAACUUAAAUAACGGUCAUCAAUGA